CUCCACAACAUUACACCCCAGCCAGUGCCAUGUCGUCGCAGGAGACAAAGAAGUCGAAGAAGAGGAAAUCCAUGGCGACGGAGGGGAGCGCUGGCGAGGUCCGGAUCGAGAUCGCUGAGUCGCUCGGUGCCGGGCCCGCCUUUGUCAACUUCCCCGCGGUGAAGCCGAACAGGAAGGUGCCCUUCACGAUCUACUCGCGCGACCCGGCACCUACGAGCUCGGACAUAAUGAAGCAGCGGACGCUUAUCGCGGGCGAGACGGAGGACGUCGAGUUCUUCUCCACGAACCGCGACAGGGCGGUCAGCGGCGAAGGGAGCGACUGUCAGUACCUCGCGGCGGUGUACAACCCGGAGACGAACAAGCUACACGUUACCAGCACGCCACUGUACCUGCUCGCGCACCGGGUCAAGCGGCUACGUGACUUGGGGCCGAGUGGGACGGCAGCGCUGGACGCACAGUGGAAGGCGCAGCGCAACGACCUCGGCGAGGUGUUUGGCACGCGCAAGGCCAAGAGCCAGAUUAAGGCCGAGGAGCGCAACAAGGUCGACGUGAACGCUAUGAGCAGUGUGCGCGCCGACCUCGUGUCGAGUAUUGCGGCCAAGGCCGCCGCGGACGAAAGCCCCGCCCCACCAGAGGUCAUCCCCGUGCCGAACCUCACCACGACCAAGGUCUCGGAGGUGUACCCCCGCGAGUCGAUCGUGCCGGACAACGAGUGGAGCGCGCUUAAUGUUGCUGAGAUUCUCAAAGCCAAGGACGACAAGGAGCGCGUCGCAUGCCUGCCAUUCCGCCAUUCUCGCUGGAUCGAGAACAAGCUCCGCGUCGUCGUGGAAGGGCCACCGACUGUGCGCAAGCAGAACCUGCGCUACCUUUUCUACCUCUCGUGUCUUCUGUCGUUCUACAACUAUGCGCACUCGCUGCAGCGGACAUCGAACGCCGACCUGCCGUCCAAGUACCAGGGCAUCCCACCACAGGUGCUUCAGGGGCUGUUGACACGCUUUGCCGAGCCCGACGGCAAGAAGUACAAGGUGACGGAGCGGAGCCGGCAGAAGCUGCUCAUGUGGAUCUGUGUGUGUUACCUCGCCGCCGACGGAUGGACGGUUGACGUCGGCCGCGUCGCCAAGGACCUCAAGAUGCCGCCCACCAAGGUGGGCGAGUUCUACAAAUCGCUUGGGUGCAGUGUCGAGCUGCCAUCUCCCGCCGAGCGUGAGAAGCUCGGUCUCUCUCUCAGCCAGGCGCAGGAGCGCCGCCGUGCCGCCCUCAAAGCGCCCGUCAAGUACCCGAAGACGAAGCGGCGCGGGCCAGCCAAGCACUAGACUAUAUGCAGGGAUUUCAUCACCACAACUAAUGCACGGAACAAUGACAAAUA